AAAAAAAAAAAGUGGUACCUUUCAUUUUUGUAAAGGCAUCUUUACCUUUUUUACAAGGUUUGUUCUCUCAACUGAAAACUAAUUUAAUUUUAUUUGUUAAUUUCUUCAGCAAUCCUGCAAAGACCAUUUUUUAAGGAAGAUUUAGGAUAGCACAGUAGUUUUAUGGAACCUGAGUAUUGAAGAGAACAGUUCCCAUUGCUCUUAGGAUCUCCAGAAGCUUUAGAUGACAGCCCUUAUUUCUCUUAAAGUUGUAAAAAUCUUAAUUCACAACAGUGAAUACUGGAAAGGGAAAGUACCUUUGCAAAGUGAUCAAGCAAAUGCUUGGGGAAAGGCACUAAGCUUUUCUGGUAUAUUUUUGAAGAUUAUAUAUAGCAGAGUGCACAAAUCUCAGGGGUACAGCUCGAUGAAUUUUUAAAAGUGAACACAUCUGUAUAAGCAUUACCCAGAUCAAGAUAUAGAACAUAUCACCACCCCAUAAAUCCUCCCUCAUGCCCUUUUUUCCCCAGUCACUACCUCCUAGAUUAGCUUUGCCUGUUUUAAACUUUAUACAACCUAUAUUUUUUGUAUCUGGCUUCUUUCCCUUAACACUGGAUACAACCAUCUUGUUACUUGUAACAAUAGUUUCUUUUUGAAUGCAGCAUAGUAUUCUGUUGUCUAAAUAUACCACAAGUUAUGUAUCCAUUUUACUAGUAACUGGCAUUUGGAUUGUUUCAGUUUUGGUAACAGGUGCUCUGAACUUUCUUGUACUGUCUUUGGAUGUAUAUGUACAUUUGUAUUUCUGUUAGAUGUAUACUGAGAGUGGAAUUGUAGGUUGUAGAGUAGACAACUACCAGUUUCCCACAGUGGUUGUACUAACUUAUUCUCUAGUAGCAUUGUAUGCAAGAACUUAAAAACCCACACAUUUUGAUAGACACCUCUAUAAAACUUAAGUCUUCAACUCUGAGAGCGUUACCGUACUUAGGUUACUUUGUAUUAAUCACUCUAAUGCCUCAACUUCUGUUCUUAGAUAUGGCUCGUGGACAGCAGAAGAUUCAGUCUCAGCAGAAAAAUGCCAAAAAGCAAGCUGGACAAAAGAAGAAACAAGGACAUGACCAAAAGGCUGCUGCCAAAGCUGCCUUAAUAUAUACCUGCACUGUUUGUAGGACACAAAUGCCAGACCCUAAGACCUUCAAGCAGCACUUUGAAAGCAAGCAUCCUAAGACUCCACUUCCUCCAGAAUUGGCUGAUGUUCAGGCAUAAAGUUGUUUACAGGUGAAUUCAUGACACCUUUGACUCUUCUACUGUCUCAGAACUUAGGUAACAAACCUGCAGCUGCUUUUCUAACAAACUGUUGAUCAGCAAAAAUAAAGGGGCUACAGAAACACUCAUUUUUAUGCUGUUCCCUUUUGGGCUUCAUGCAAAGACAAUUCUGUGUAAAUGUACAGUUGACUCUGAUUUGGAAAUCUGAAAAUCAGUCCAUCCUUGUUAUAAAAAAUUUUUUUACAAUUGUAAUUAUAUUGAUGUUCAUAUUGUGUAAAAUAACUCAUUUAAUAAAGUAGUACUUUGAUUUUACAACAUCACAGGAUAAAUGGUUUUAGAAAUUCUGUUCUAACUUUCCACAUUAUUUGCCUUAUGAAAAUCUAAUGAAUUCGUCAACUAGAAUUGCAGGCGCAAUUCUUACCUCCCUCUCAGUUCAGUGGCAGGUUCAUUAGCUAAACUAGAACAGACUCAUUCAUAGUUUUAUUGGCAGCUGUUGAUCUAGAUGAAGAAUGACUUACCUGCUGCCUUAGUAUAUUACCAUCAUGUGUCAUUUACCCCUCUGAUUGUUUCCUGUGUUUGAGGUUGGAAUAUUUCAACUUGCCAUAUGACCUGGCCAUAGCUGCCAGCCAGGAAUACCCUGUCGAUGACUGAUAAAUUCCUAAUGCGUUGGAUUUUCAGUGAGCCCUUCUGAAAGAUUAGGUUCUGAAGUGUAUGCCAUAAUGAAAUCAGUAAGGCUGUCAUUGAAUACAAAAUAUGAUGGAUCAUAUGCAAACUGGUAAAGCUCUAUCUUACAUAAAUUAUACCAGAUUCUUUCAAAAUUCAAAGUUCAGUAAUUGGAAGUUAAAACUCAAUUUUUGAAGGACUUUUUGGAAGUUAUUAAUGUUUUGGCCAAUUUUAUGAAUGGAUUUUCAUUAGCAGGAAGAGUGGAAUGACUUGCCGCUGGGUUAAUUCCCAGAACGUUCUCCCUCCUUUCCUUUGUAAGUGAAUAGUUGAUUUUAGGAGUUUACUUUGUGCUGGUUCCUAAAAUCAAAGCCUGUACAAUAUGACUUCUGUCUGAACUAGAAAAGGAUUAAAAUAGGCCAAUCUCCACAUUCUUUUGGCUCUGAGGAUGGGGAAAUGGGUUAGUUCAGAUGGAUGAGGUAAAUCCUACCCAGUUAAGGAAGACUAAUUUUAGGGUUCUUCUAAUUUGCUUUUGUCAGCUAUUAACUUUACUAGUGAAACUGCUGUAACUCUGUUUAAAUUUUAAAGUUAAUAAUAAUAGGAAGAACACUCAACUAUUUCCUGGUAAUUGCUUAGAACCACAAGUCUGAUCCUGUGGAUUACAAAAUGCAUUCCCUCUUUCUGCUGUAAUUCAUCACUGCCUUUGUUUUGUGGCUAUGCAUAUUCUGCCCACCUUGUUUGACUUCACUAAGUUUUAAGUAAGAUAUUUACAAGGAAAAGCUUCAGUGGCGAUAGUUUCUUAGCAACUUCUAUUACAUUCUUUCUUUAAAAUAGUUAUUUUUUCAUGUAUUUAAUUUCCUAAGUUUCAGAUUUAAUAUCUGUUAUUUCCUAAUAUGUUGGUACCAGAACAUUAGAAUUUGCCUGAUUGCUUGUAGUGGAAUUAAAGUUCUGGUUAAAUUACAAUUUAAAGGUUUUUAAAAGCGCUUUGACCAUAUGUAUGUUUACAUUUAGUAACAAAUAAUUUAAAAACCAUUCACAAGUUUUGGGGUUUUUUUUUUUGUUUUUUUGUUUUUUUUCAUUUUUACUGACUGUAAUUCAGAAUAAAAGCUUUUUGUUCUUGUAUUUAACCCUUUUUUAUAAGCAGCUGAAGACACCAUAUUUAACUUUAUAUCUCAGUGAUAGGAAACUAGCUGCAUUGAUCUUGCAUAAGACAUUAAUUCUCAUACUUCAUAUAAGGAUUAUUAGUACAAUCCCUUUUUAUUAUGUUUGAGUUAAAUUUGCUCUAAGGGAAAAACUACAAUUCUUAAGCAUCCUCAUUAUUAAAUUUGAAGAUUCUUUAACAGAUCACAGCAAAGUUCAUUAUAAAACUGUUAUGGUGUCUUCAAAGACUUUAUAAAAUCUGAGACACUGAGAGAGAAUUGGUCCGUUGUAUUCUGUAUUUCCAUUAAUUGCCAAAAGGAAUGGGGUUAAGAUUACGUUUGUUUCCAUUCUAAUUCCUAUGGAUCUGCAUCCCCAUGUUUAACUGACAUACUGGGGGCUCAGUUGUGUGCUGUAAUGUCUUAUUAAAGAAGAUAUUAAAACUAAA